AUGUUAGCACUGAUAGGUGUUUUCGAGACUGAAGGUGUCGGCGACGCCGAAUCCAAGACACGUUUCACCGAGCCGUCUGUCAUCGGUGUCGAAGUCAGCAGGGCCAUCCAUCUGCGCACGAGGCAGAGAGGCCAGGUACAAGAUACGGAGCAGACUGCCGUCAACGAGAGCAACGGUCGUAAGAUGCCGCAGACGAGACAGACCGGCUCACCGUCGGCGAAGGCGAGGCAAGAUAAGGAGGACCGCGGGGCACGGAGGGCUGGCGGACGACGCCGAGGUGGCAUGGCUAGGUAG